ACUUUGAUUGAAAAACACUAUACAAAUACAAAAUAAAUAUUGUCACAUAGUACCUCUUAAUCCAUGUUAUCAUCAUGUUGAAAAUUCUAAACACUAACACCGUUGAAGGAACUUCCAAUUUCGGAGUUAGUACCAAAUUUUACUAACGUUACACACUUAACUCCGUUUCUUAUUUUCAUUUUUCUUCAAUAUUAAAUAAUUCUACAAGCUACUCAAGUUUGUGUUUGGUUCUGAAACUCUGCAUGCAAAAGAAAAAGAACAAAUCUUGGAACCUCUUCUUCUUUGGAAUCUUUUCUUCUUAGGUGCUUAUUCUAAGAUGUGCUACAUGCUAAUUCUUGUGAUCAAUUGAUGAUGGUUGAAGAAUUUUAAGCAAAAUGGGUGAAGAUUUUGUGUCAAUGUUUCACCUUGAAACAAAGAGACUGUUAUGGCUUAUUGGCAUAACUUUUUCAGUGAUCUUGGCUUUUCAGUAUCUUGAGCUUCCAUAUGGCAAUGUUUUCCUCUCUCUAUUCUCUUCUGAUAAAUUACCAACAUCAGAAAAUGCAAUAUCUCAAACUACAUAUACCAAUAAGACUAUUGUGAACAAUGUGACGAUUUUCGACCAAGAAAAUUCGACCGAUGAAGUUGCCAUUGAGAAAGGUAAUGUAGCUAAUGAUACUGCUCCAAGUCCAAUAACUGGUUUUGUUUUGGAACCAGAAUGGCCACAAAACAAAUCUCAAGGAUUUCAUGAUUCUGCAACAAAUGUGAGGCCAAAUAUAACAACUGCAGUGUUAUCAAAUGAUGAUAACAUGUUACAGUCUCAGAAAGACAAUGUAACUAAUUCUAUAAAGAAAGAGAGUUUUAGGCCAUCACCACCAGAAGCAAAAGUUCUGGUGAGUCCAACUCCAAAUAUACAAAGCAAAAGUUCUUCUAUCAGCAAUGUGCCUAAGCAGAAACAAGAAUUUCAUACACCUAUUUCAGAAGUCACAACAGUUUCUGAAAUUAACAAGUUGUUGAUUCAAAGCCACGCGUCGUAUCGAUCAAUGAAGCCAAGGUGGUUUUCAAAUGUUGAUCAAGAGUUAGUGCAGGCAAGAUCAGAGAUUGAAAAUGCACCAAUUGUAAAGAAUGAUCCAGAACUUUAUGGUCCAAUUUAUCAUAAUGUUUCCAUGUUCAAGAGGAGCUAUGAAUUAAUGGAAGAGAGACUCAAAGUGUAUGUAUACAGAGAAGGAGCUAGACCGAUACUGCAUUCACCAUUUCUCACAGGAAUCUAUGCUUCUGAAGGAUGGUUCAUGAAGCUGAUGGAAGCUAAUAAAAGAUUUGUAACAAAAAAUUCAAAGAAAGCUCAUCUGUUUUACUUACCUUUCAGUUCUAGGAUGCUAGAGGAAACCUUAUAUGUAAAGGAUUCACAUAACCACAAGAAUCUGAUUCAAUAUCUACAUGAUUAUGUUGACCUCAUAGCGACGAGACAUUCUUUCUGGAAUAGAACUGGAGGCGCUGAUCAUUUUCUUGUUGGUUGCCAUGAUUGGGCCCCAUCAGAAACAAAGCUGCGCUUGGCGACCUGCAUAAGAUCCCUCUGCAACGCCGAUGUAAAAGAAGGAUUUUUCUUCGGCAAAGACGCGUCUCUACCAGAAACAUACGUCCGAAACGCUCAAAACCCAACGAGGGAUCUCGGAGGCAACACAUUUUCAAAGAAGACUACACUAGCCUUCUUCGCAGGGAGCAUGCACGGUUACGUCAGGCCAAUUCUGCUAAAGCACUGGGAAAACAAAGAUCCAGACAUGAAAAUCUUCGGAAAGUUGCCAAAAUCCAAAGGAAACAGCAACUACAUCCACUACAUGAAGAGUAGCAAGUACUGUAUAUGUGCAAGAGGGUAUGAAGUGAAUAGUCCAAGAGUCGUGGAAGCUAUUUUCUACGAAUGUGUUCCGGUUAUCAUAUCGGAUAACUUUGUGCCUCCGUUUUUUGAGGUUUUGAAUUGGGAAUCAUUUAGUGUUGUGGUUUUGGAGAAGGAUAUUCCGAAUUUGAAAAAUAUACUGGUCUCGAUUCCGGAAAAGAGGUAUCUUAGAUUGCUCAUGAGGGUGAAAAAGGUACAGAAGCAUUUUCUCUGGCACAAGAAUCCUGUCAAGUAUGAUAUAUUUCAUAUGAUCCUUCAUUCUAUUUGGUACAAUAGAGUCUUCUCUGCCAUUAGCUAGAUAGAUAACUAGUUGGAUAAAUAAGGUAGGAGUUGGUUGGUUUUUUUUUGUUUUAAAAUUAUAGGUAAGGUCAUUUGUUGUGUAUAUCUUUUGGAGUUUUGGUGUAAAUAGAAUUUCUCUAUUGCCUUCCUUUGAAUACUAGUAAUGAAGUUGCAUAUUCAGAAUCAGUUGCAUAUUCUUGGUUUA